ACACACCGCUGCACUCUGAUGGAGCCGCCAGUCUGUGCGCGUGAGUCCGGCAGAGGUUUGUGAGGAAGCCACGCUGCGGCUCUGAACCGACACCUUUCUCCUUCCAUCGGCGGGUGAUGGCGAACCACACCGCGGCUUGAAGGUCUCGCGCGGUGAGCAGCACCGGAGGAAGGUUUGACUGCGGAGCCCGGAGGAAUGCACCCGCUGCCGCACUGACACGGUCCGCUCAAGUCAACGGAGGUCAGUUCAGAUGCUGAUGCCUGAAGUUUACGCGCUACAUUCCCAAUGAGCUGCUCGGUGCCCACUGUGAAUGAAUGACGCCACCGCUUAACAGGUCCUUCCAGCAGAGAGGCUACCCUGCAUUAAAGGGACCGGGACUACUAACACUGAGCUUUCCAUAAAACAAACACCUUUUACUGAGCGCAUUUGGAAUCAUUUCCCCCCCAUUCUUACUGUGGAUGUGAGCGCAGCGCAUCAGUCCUCUCUUGAAGGAACCAACAGAUCCAGUUCACAUUGAGAAGAAACAUGUGAAGGUUCUUGUGAAAGAUUGACCCACAAGUUGGCCUUCGACAAAAAAGGCAAACGUCACCUCCCUCCUUCUCCAAACCGUUCUCUCUGCUCAAUCAGUGGUUUCCUUGUAGGAUAGUAACCAUGGAUGGUCUGAAGGCUAAGCAAAGGACUUUCUCAUUUUACCCCAAGUUUGGAGUAGUUUUUGCUCUUUUUUUCUUCUGGCUUCUAGCAGUUCCUGCCAUAGAUGGGCAGACUUUCACUAGUUUCCAUCCUGAACGACGGGAUUGGGUUUUUAAUCACCUGACUGUUCAUCAAACCACUGGAGCAUUAUAUGUUGGAGCAGUCAACCGUGUGUACAAGCUGUCUGGCAACCUGACCCUCCUUGUUUCCCAUGAUACAGGACCCAAGGAUGACAAUAAGGCCUGCUACCCUCCUCUAAUUGUACAGCCCUGUUCUGAGCCCCUUGUGCCCACCAACAAUGUCAACAAGCUUCUGCUCAUUGAUUAUUCCCAAAAUCGGUUGCUGGCAUGUGGCAGUCUCUACCAGGGUGUGUGUAAACUCCUCAGAUUGGAUGACCUGUUUAUUUUAGUGGAGCCCUCCCACAAAAAAGAGCACUACCUCUCCAGCGUCAACCAGACGGGGACCAUGUAUGGGGUGAUUGUGCCGUCACAGGGCCAGGACGCAACGCUUUUCAUUGGCACGGCAGUGGAUGGGAAACAGGACUAUUUUCCUACUCUUUCUAGCCGAAAGUUGCCACGAGAUCCAGAAUCUUCUGCCAUGCUUGACUAUGAGUUGCACACUGAUUUCGUGUCUUCCCUUAUCAAGAUCCCCUCGGACACACUGGCUCUCGUCUCACACUUUGACAUCUAUUAUGUUUACGGCUUUGCAAGUGGCAGCUUUGUUUACUUCCUCACCGUUCAGCCAGAGACGCCAGAAAACAGCAUGUCAUCGAGUGGAUCCAGCAGCGAUCUCUUCUACACGUCCCGCAUUGUUCGCCUUUGUAAAGAUGACCGCAAAUUUCACUCCUACGUCUCUCUGCCUAUUGGGUGUGUGAAGAACGGCAUUGAGUAUCGCUUGCUGCAGGCCGCCUACCUCGGCAAACCAGGCCGGAUUCUUGCUGCUUCACUCAACAUAAGUGCCCAAGACGAUGUGCUGUUCACCAUCUUCUCCAAGGGCCAGAAGCAGUUCCAUCGACCGCCAGAUGACUCAGCUCUCUGCGUCUUCACAAUCCGAGACAUCAAUGCAAGAAUCAAAGAGCGCCUGCAGUCCUGCUAUCAGGGAGAAGGAAACCUGGAGCUCAACUGGCUCUUAGGGAAGGAUGUGCGGUGUACCAAAGCGCCUGUGCCCAUUGAUGACUCCUUCUGUGGUCUGGACAUCAACCAGCCACUUGGCGGCUCUCAGCUGGUGACCGGCCACACGCUCUACACUGAGACUCGGGACCGCAUGACUUCUGUGACUUCCUAUGUCUACAACGGCUACUGUGUGGCUUUUGUGGGCACCAGGAGUGGACGUAUAAAGAAGAUUCGCGUUGAUGGGCCUCCUAAUGGUGGCGUCCAGUAUGAGACGAUCUCGGUCAUAAAGGACGGCAGUCCUAUCCUCAGAGACAUGGCCUUCUCGCUUGACAACAACUUCCUCUACGUCAUGUCAGAGAGACAGGUUACCCAGGUUCCUAUCGAGUCCUGUGAGCAGUACGGGACCUGUGGAGAGUGUCUGAGCUCUGGGGACCCACACUGCGGCUGGUGUGUCCUGCAUAAUAUAUGCUCUCAAAGGAAGUGGUGUGAGCGAGCAGAUGAGCCGUAUCGUUUUGCUGCCUCCCUCAACCAGUGUGUCAAGGCCACUGUCUAUCCUGACAGCAUUGCAGUAUCAGAGCCAAGUGUGCCCCUGCUGGUGAAGGUAAGCGAUGUCCCGGACCUUUCCGUUGGCAUCACCUGCUCCUUUGGCAACCUGACAGAGAUUGAGGGGAGAGUAAACGGCAACCAGAUACUGUGUGUGUCUCCAGCUGCGAAGGACGUCCCGCUCAUACCGACUGACCAAGACUGGUCAGGUGUUGAGCUGAGGCUUAACUCUAAGGAGACUGGUCAGAUGCUCAUCAGCACUGAGAUCAAGUUUUACAACUGUAGUGUCCAUCAGCUGUGUCUGUCAUGUGUGAACAGUGCCUUCCGCUGCCACUGGUGCAAAUACCGCAACCUGUGUACCCAUGACCCGUCCAGCUGCUCCUUCCAAGAGGGGCGAGUCAACACCUCUGAGGACUGUCCCCAGCUGGUUCCCUCUGAGGAGAUUCUGAUCCCAGCAGGAGAGGUGAAGCCAAUCACCCUAAAGGCCAAGAACCUGCCACAGCCUCAGUCUGGCCAGAGAGGCUAUGAAUGUGUCCUCCACAUCCAGGGGGUCAGCCAGCGAGUUACUGCCCUCCGCUUCAACAGCUCCAGCGUUCAGUGCCAGAAUAGCUCGUAUCUCUACGAGGGGAUGAGGAUCAGUGAGCUGCCUGUGGAUUUUUCAGUGGUGUGGAAUGGCAACUUUAUUAUUGACAACCCAGAGAAUAUACAAGUGCAUCUGUACAAGUGUGCAGCCCAGAGAGACAGCUGUGGCAUGUGCCUGAAGGCAGACAGGAAGUUCCAGUGUGGCUGGUGCAGCGGAGAGGGAAGGUGCACGCUGCGACAUCACUGCCCUCUCAUCAACCCUUACACCACUCGCUGGCUCAACCUGUCCACCAAGAACGUGAAGUGUACCAACCCACGCAUCACUGAGGUGACUCCAAUAGCUGGACCCCCAGAGGGCGGCACUCGGGUGACCAUCCAUGGUACAAACCUUGGUCUUGCAUUCUCAGACAUGGUGGACAACGUGGAGGUGGCAGGUGUCAGAUGCAGCCCUGUGGAGGAAGGUUACAUCAUUGCUGAACAGAUUGUGUGCGAGAUGUCUCCCGCUCCGGUGGAUAGUCGACCAGGCCCCGUUCAGCUGUGCGUGGGUGAAUGCAAACCAGAACUCAAGGCUCGCUCCUCCCAGCUCUACUCCUUUGUGACUCCAACCAUCACAGGCCUGUCCCCGAGCAGAGGCCCAGAGUCUGGGGGCACCAAAGUCACCAUAAUGGGAGAAAAUCUUGGUGCCGGCAGCAGUGUCAACGUUCAGUUUGGGAACCAGACGUGCGAGUUCUUUGGACGGACCAUGAAGGAGAUAAUCUGUUACUCAGCACCGUCGAUGUCGGGGGUCGGCUUGGUUCAGAUCAGUGUGAGCGUGGAUAAUGCGCAAAUCAGGGAGAGCCUCACCUUUGAGUACAUAGAGGACCCCACUGUCCAGCGAAUCGAACCAGACUGGAGCAUUGCAAGUGGCCACACUCCUCUGACUGUGACAGGAACCAAUCUGGAUGUUGUUCAGGAGCCCAGAAUCAGGGUGAAGUACAGUGGCCGGGAGUCCGUCAACGUGUGUAAAGGACUGAACAGCACCACUAUGAGCUGCUUCGCCCCCUCCCUCAUGGCGGAAUACUUCCCGGGUUUGGACUCUGUGAAACACGCCGACGAGUUUGGCUUCGUCUUCAACAACGUCCAGGCGCUGUUGGUCUACAACAACACUAACCUCGUAUACUACCCAAACCCUUUUUUUGAACCCCUCAGCACCUCUGGUGUCCUGGAGCAAAAGCCAGGUUCUCCAAUCAUUCUCAAGGGCAGAAACCUGAUUCCCCCAACGUCUGGAGGGGCGAAGCUUAACUACACUGUACUGAUAGGCGAGACGCCCUGCUCCGUCACCGUGUCUGAGAGCCAACUACUGUGCGAGCCACCCAACCUCACCGGCCAAUACAAAGUUGUGGUUCAAGUCGGAGGCCUCCAUGUUUCACCCGGAGCAGUGCACAUUAUGUCUGACAGCCUCCUGACCCUUCCCGCCAUUGUUAGCAUCGCCGCAGGAGGCGGCCUCCUCCUCAUCAUCGUCAUCCUCGUGCUCAUCGCCUACAAGCGGAAGUCACGUGAAAACGAUCUCACCCUGAAGCGCCUGCAGAUGCAAAUGGACAACCUGGAGUCGCGCGUCGCCUUGGAGUGCAAAGAAGCAUUUGCAGAGUUGCAGACCGAUAUCAAUGAGCUUACCAGUGACCUGGACAGAGCUGGUAUCCCCCAUCUAGACUACAGAACAUAUGCCAUGAGAGUCCUCUUCCCCGGCAUUGAGGAUCAUCCCGUCCUCAGAGAACUCGAGGUGUCGGGCAACGGCCAGCAGAAUGUAGAGAAGGCCCUGAAGCUGUUUGGUCAGCUCAUCAACAACAAAGUGUUCCUGCUCACGUUCAUUCGAACGCUUGAGAUGCAACGCUCUUUCUCCAUGAGAGACCGCGGCAACGUGGCCUCGCUCAUCAUGACGGCCCUGCAGGGGCGUCUGGAGUACGCCACUGAUGUUCUCAAACACCUGCUGUCUGACCUCAUCGAUCGUAACCUAGAGAGCAAGAACCACCCCAAACUGCUGCUACGCAGAACGGAGUCGGUUGCUGAGAAGAUGCUCACAAACUGGUUCGCCUUCCUGCUUCACAAAUUCCUGAAGGAGUGUGCAGGGGAGCCGCUGUUCAUGCUGUACUGCGCCAUCAAGCAGCAGAUGGAAAAGGGGCCCAUUGACGCCAUCACCGGAGAGGCCCGCUACUCCCUGAGCGAGGACAAGCUCAUCCGCCAGCAGAUCGAGUACAAAACCUUGAUCCUAAACUGUGUAAACCCAGACAACGAAAACAGUCCAGAGAUCCCUGUGAAGGUGCUGAACUGCGACACGAUCACUCAAGUGAAGGAGAAGAUACUUGAUGCUGUUUACAAGAACAUGCCCUACUCUCAGCGGCCGCGGGCCGUCGACAUGGACCUAGAGUGGCGUCAGGGUCGAAUGGCUCGAGUUGUGCUGCAGGAUGAAGACAUCACCACUAAAAUUGAAAACGACUGGAAAAGACUUAACACACUCUUGCACUACCAGGUCUCAGACCGUAGCGUGGUGGCUCUGGUUCCCAAGCAAACCUCAUCUUACAACAUUCCUUCCUCAGCGAGCAUAACCCGUACCUCCAUCAGCAGAUAUGACUCGUCAUUCCGUUACACAGGUAGUCCAGACAGCCUCAGGUCACGCGCUCCCAUGAUCACACCAGAUCUAGAAAGCGGUGUGAAGGUGUGGCAUUUAGUGAAGAACCAUGAACAUGGAGACCAGAAGGAAGGAGAUCGGGGCAGCAAGAUGGUGUCUGAGAUUUAUCUAACCCGGUUACUAGCUACAAAGGGCACUCUACAAAAAUUUGUGGAUGACUUGUUUGAGACAUUAUUCAGCACGGUUCAUCGAGGGAGUACGCUUCCCCUGGCCAUCAAAUACAUGUUUGACUUCCUGGAUGAGCAGGCAGACAGACAUGGGAUUUACGACACAGACGUCCGUCACACGUGGAAAAGUAACUGCCUUCCAUUGCGUUUCUGGGUGAAUGUGAUCAAGAACCCUCAGUUUGUGUUUGACAUCCAUAAGAGCAGCAUCACGGACGCCUGCCUAUCUGUGGUAGCUCAGACCUUUAUGGAUUCCUGCUCCACAUCAGAGCACCGGCUGGGCAAAGACUCCCCCUCUAAUAAGCUGCUCUACGCUAAAGAUAUCCCUAAUUAUAAGAGCUGGGUAGAAAGGUACUACGCUGAUAUCACCCGGAUGCCGGCCAUUAGUGACCAGGACAUGAACGCUUAUUUGGCCGAGCAGGCCAGACUCCACUCGUCGGAGUUUAACAUGCUCAGCGCUCUCAAUGAGAUCUACUCUUAUGUCAGCAAAUACAGUGAGGAGAUUGUCUCCGCUCUGGAGCAGGAGGAGCAGGCCAGGAAACAGAGGUUGGCCUACAAGGUGGAACAGCUAAUCUCUGCCAUGUCUCUGGAGAGCUGAAGGUGAACGCUGC